GCGUUGCUGCGGAGGCAGAUCGCAAGUCAGCCAUGAUCAGCUGUUUGUGAAACGUCAACACGUCAAGCAAAUAAAUGUGUUUGGACAGUUGAGAUUUAAUAAGUUUAAUGUCAAUUUCUUUAUGUGAUUUAGUGAAUUCCUGAAUUAUGAGUUCGGAAGUGGGUGAAAAUGAUAUGGACAAGAUUCCAGAAAGACAAACGAAUGGUCUCGAUGCAAACGUCAACUCUGAAACAAAAGAUGAUUUCGAGGAACGUUACAACAGACUCAAAGGAUUUGCUAUCAAAUUGAAAAAAAAGGGCAACGAUUUGGAAGAAAAAUUAAUAAACUUGGAAAAUGAGAAACAGAAAAUUCUAGCAGAAAAAGAGCAACUGCAGAACAAGAUCUUACAGAUUUCGGACAAUGCUAAAUCAUUGCAGUUAAUCCAAUCGGAGUAUGACAAGGUUCAGGAUCAUUUGGAGAAGCAAAGAGCGGAGAAUAAAAAAAUAUCAAAAAAUCUGGAGACCGUAGUCCUGGAAAACGCAUCUCUGAAAGAAUCACUGUACGAGGAGAGAGAAAGUCAUGCGCUCUGUAAAAAAGAGCUGGAACGUCGCAUAAAAGCAAUAACAAACUUGGAAAACAGCCUUAAAAAUGAGCAAAAGAACUCGAAAAAAGUGAUAGAAGAAAAGAAAGCAGAAAGCUUGAUAAAGGAACAGCGAGAAAAAGAUUAUGAGGAAAUGAAAAAUAAGCUCCAAGAGGAAAUUCAAUCUCACGAAGCUACCAAAGCUAUGCUGGAAGCCGCUAAACAAGAACGUACAACCAACAGUGUUCUUUCUCUGGAAGUCGAUAAUUAUGAGAGAAGUGUUGAAGACUUGAAGUCCAAGCUCGAAGAAGAAACAUCAAAGCGUGAGAUCCUGGAACGGAGGAUCGAGGAAAGUGUUCAAGGGAUAACGGAGUUGGAGAACGAGGUUCAAAGUUUGCGUGACAAUUGUCUGAUGAAGAGUAACGAGAUAACGGUGCUGAGCGAUAAAAACGAGGGCUUGAAAGGAGAGCUUUGCGAGAAGAGGGACGAAAUCGCUCGGCUAACUAACGAGAUUCAAGCUCUGGUGGAGAGCGUGGAAUCGGCAAAACAAGAAAACAUACAACUAACCGUAGAGUUGGAAAAAUUGAAGUCGGACAAACGUCGAGGAGAUGAGGAAAUUAAAUCGACGAGUAAAAAGAGUGAAGAGCAACGCCAAAUGUUGGAAGCCGAAGUGGCGAGGUUAGAGAGUCUCGUAUCUUCCGUCAACGAGGAAUUGGAUGCUCUGCGCAACGAAUACAAUGGAUAUAAAUUGAGAGCACAAAGUGUUUUAAGGACUAAACAGGGCCAGGGUAAAGAAUCGGGAACCACUGGCCGAAACGUCGCUGAGAUUCAAGAGGAAUUGGAACACACUAAAAACCACGCUUCUCAACUUCAAUUAAAACUCGAAAGUUACAGUGAGAACGUCAAGAGCCUGAGCAAAGAAUUGAACAUAACUAAAGAGGAGAGAGAUCGUUCGCUUCAAGACUCGAGAGAGUCUGCUGAAAAAAUAGCGAACCUUGCACAAGAUUACAACGCUCUUAGAGAUCAGUACAGAAAACAAACGUCAACAAUGGAGAAAGAACGAUCGGAACUGUUGACGAAGAUCGACACUCUCGUUAAACAUCACGAGUCCGAAAAAAAUGAGCUGGAAACAAAAUACCGAAAGGAAAUAAGUCGUUUAGAAUCAGAAGUUGAGAAAAUAACUGGAAAUACCAUCGGUCAAGUUGAGUAUCCGCAAUCGACGAAUGCUCCGAACGAGAGGCAUCACGACUUGAAAUCCGAACAUGACAGCCAGUCACGAAGCACCGAACUUUUCCUGCAGGAAAGGGAAGACGGCGAGGGUUCGGAGAGCGUGGAAUCUUAUCCUACAGGAAUGAGAACAAACGAAGAAUUGCCCCGUCGCCAUUCCCUCGUUCCCCUCGACGAGUUGUUAAACUCGUCGGACGAUUACUUACCAAAAACUCGUAAAGAAUCGGUCGUGACGAUAAGCCUGCCACGAAAGGUGGACCGUCAGGAGCUCGAAGUUUGCGAACGUCGUGUCAAGCAUUUGACAAUACUAUUGGCAGAUACGGAACGCGACGUAGCGAAGCUCACUCAACUCAAUCAAUUACUUAAGGAAGACAUACGACGACAGCAACGGAGCGUCGAGCGCGAGCAUAUCGCCAAUAAUUUCGAAUACAUGAAAAACGUUAUUUUGAAGUUUAUCACGCUGAAAAAUGGCGACGAGAGGACUCGUCUCAUUCCAGUUUUAAAUACGAUUUUAAAACUUAGUCCUGAAGAGACUCACCAACUGAAUCAAAUCGCCGGAGUUGGAAGAGGUUGGCUCCCAGCAAUUCCUAUACCGGGUUGGCACAACGGUUAAUCAAACGCCUACAAUCUCUCCGCAAUUACCGUUUUUAAAUCAACCAUCAACGAAAUCAACGAACGGCAAUAAAUGACAAAAAAACACAAAAGAAAAAACCCGAGCACUGUAUUCCGUGUUGAACUCGCUGUUGUACUGAGAAUGUGUGUAUAUCUGUGUAUAUACAUUCAUUCAUUUGAUAAUAACGUUGGGAGGGAAGGCUCGAGUAUUGGAUCAACUUAAUUACUUAAUCAUCUUUUAUAAAUGAAAAUCUUUGGUACUUCCGACGUUUAGAGAAGCUCGUCAUCCUCGCUCGGCAUGGGCAGUCGCGGGGGCGAUGGCGCUUAUCGCUGAUAAGGAAAUAUUACUUUAAGUGUAAAUAAUAAAAAGAAAAAAAGUAACGAAAAUACGACGACACGUGUACCUUAUUCUUGCACGGAAAAUAAAUGUGUUAUUGUAUUUUUUAUUUUA